AUGGCUCCUGUGUUUCGAGAUACCACCCAGGCCUUGGUAAGGCAACUGGAUCCCACAGGGGACCUGAUUCCCCUGGGCAGCAUCAUUGAUGUUUCCCGCUUCCGACCCUUCUGCCUGGUGAGGAGGAAGAGGAAGGGUACACUCUUCUGGGGAGCCCAAUAUGUCAAGACGGAUCUCUCUCUCAGAGAUGUGCUGGAGGCUGGAAUUAAGCUGCCAGCACCAAAAAAAGACACAAAGAUCAAAAUUCAAGGGAAUGGUGAGGGGACAAUGCAGGCUGGAGUGAAGACCACAGCCAUCGGGAUUCCUGUGAAUAUCAGUGUCUCUGCUGGUGGCUCCCAUAAUAACUGCCUGGAGAUUCAGAAGCUCAGCAUCAUGGAUGACCUGGAGUCCUUAAAGAAGUGGAAAUUGAAGAAGCCAGAGCCAUCCUUCCUGAAGAAGCUUCGGGAGCGAGGGGAGAAUCUUUAUAUGGUGACUGAGGCAGUGGAGACGCUGAAGGAUGCCAAAUUGGAGAAGGGGAGGAAGGGUGGUGCUGGCAUUUCUAUCCCUCUCCUCACAGCCAUGGGGCUCAAGGGUUCCUUUAACUUUAACACCACCAUCCAUGUCUCUCUGGGCUCUGUCCUGGCCUUCCGACUAAAGCAGCUUGUCAUUGGAGAAAAAAACUGGGACAUCUCCCAUCUCAAGGAUAAAAAACAGAAAACCUUCCUCUCCUCUGAUGGAUCCAUGACCCAGAGAACAGGGCAGUGGCCUGAGUCACCCUCCAAAGAGCACAGAGGUUUCAAGGCACUUCAGGCUGAAGUGGAAGCAGAGAUCUACAUUUUGAAGAACCUGACCCUGGAAAGACGGGAGAUUCUGUUGGAUGCCCUCCUCGGGCUUCUGGGCCAGUCCAAAGCCCUACAAGAGCUGGAGGACAUGAUGAACAAAGCUUUGGACCUUGAGGAGCCAGUGACCCCAGGAUUCCUAGGGGGUCCUGGGGAUACCAUCCUAGCCAAGCUGCAGGAUAUCUCAGGCAAACUCAACCCUUCCUGGGCAGGGAGCAUUCUCUACCUUUUGGGAGCCCUCCAGGAGCUGAGUGAGGAACAACAGCAACUGCUGGCAAUGGCUGUGGAGAAGAGGAUCCUCUCCCAACAGCUAGAGCUGAUGGAGACUAUCCUGGACCAGAAUUUCCUUCGAACUGAAGCGGGGCCAUUCCGUCUCCACUGUGAGCUCCUCCAGUGCUUUCAAGGAGAGGAGCUGACUGUGACCCAGGCCCUGAUAGGUCUCUGUGGCCUUGACCUCCAGGGUGAUGGUCCCCUCUUUGCCUGGGACCCUGAUGCCCUGCCUCCCCUCUGUGCCCUCUUUGCUGCCCUCUCUGUUUUUCAAGGACUAUCUAGAAUCCCUUGGAUUGGCAGCCCCUUCACGCGACGCCGUACCACUUUGGCCCAUCCAGUGAUAGGGGCUAACUUUGGGGGGACUGGAAAGACAGAAUGGGAUUUGGGGAAUAACUGGGGGAAAGAACGACUCCGCUCCCCAUCCCCCAGGUCAGAGCUCUCCCUAGAUGUGGGAAAACUCCACCUGGGGUCCAGUUUGCUGGGGAAGGGCUAUGGGGACCUGGCUUCCCAGGAGGGCAGGAAAAUCAAGGUCUCUAAAGAGUCUGAGAGUUUUUCUACACUUAGCCAUGAGGUGGAAGAGAAUGUGAGCUCCCACACCAACUUGCUCGGUAAGGGGCUUGGUAGAGCUGGAUUGCUCCAGGGUAGAGGUAGCUCCUCAGUGUUUGAUCUAGAUGGUGACAAAGGCUUCUUCAGCCAUUCAAGCCUGCUAAUGAAGGGGGGUGAGAGCCCAGAGUUUGCAGAAAUGAAGGCUGAGACCAUGAGAAUGGCUGCUGAGUUUGAUCUCCAAUCCCAAUCCCUACUGGCUGACCACCAUCUGCUGAGUCAGAGAUUUGGAGGCAGUUUGGGUUCCAAAACUCAUUUUGGGAUGGGAGGAGGAACCUCAAAAUUCUUCUAG